AUGGAGCCCUUCAUGGACUUGGAUUCGGACGGAGAAGUCCAGGAUGAGGGCUUGGAAGAAGGCGAAGUCCUCGAGGAGGGCGAAGUUGAUGAGGAGGUCUUGCCGGGCGGAGGAGAAGUGGCAAAGCCAUCUGCCUGUGAAAGCGAGGCCUUAGGCACACCGUUUGCAGCCAGCAAGAGGGAGGCCAUGGAGGAGGACACGGAUACAGAGUCAGAGGACGACGAUGGAGAGGUAGAGGAGGCCGAAGACAGGGAAGCCAAAAGUGAAGAUCCUGAGGUUCAGUCUGCCAUAAUGGAUGCCAAGUCCGAGGAUGGCGGGACAGUGAUGGAGAAGGAGAAGCCAACUCCAAACAAGGAGCCUGAUGCCAAGGAUGAAGGAAGCAAAGCUGAAGAUACUGAAAGUGGAGGUAUUGAAAGCUACCGGGAGCCCGAGGUUUGCGCAGACUCACCCACAGAGUUGGCAGAGGAGGAUGAGAACAUUAAAGAGGUAAAGGAA